CAGUGGAACCUACCAGUGUUAUUUCCAAGAUGAUGAUUUCUUUGCAAAAGCCCAGGUGAAGCUGGAGGUUACAGCCCUGGGCUCUGAUCUUCACAUUGAAAUGAAGGGCUAUGAAGAUGGAGGGAUCCGUGUGGAGUGCACGUCUGCAGGCUGGUAUCCACAGCCCCAGGUAGAGUGGAGAGGUGAUUGGGGAGAGAGCUUGCCCACCAUGGCAGCUCCUGGGUCUGCAGAUGGAGAGGGUCUGUUCGCAGCCACGUCAUCUGUGAUCCUGAAAGGCGGCUCUGGGAAGGGGGCCUCCUGUUUUGUCAGAAACCCCCUGCUCAGUCAGGAGAAGACGGCCAGGGUCUCCAUUGCAGGCCCCUUCUCCUGUGUGAAGCCCUGGCAGGUGGCCGUGGGGGUGACCGUGGGGGUGAUUAUUCUGGCUCUGUUUGGAACCCUGGUCGGUGUGGUGUUCUUCUGGCGACAACAAAAGAAAAUCAGGGACUUGAACGAGGAGAAGGAGAGGGAGCGAAGCGCCAAAGAGACGCUGCAGGAGGAGCUCAGGAAGAGGAAGCAGCAGUACCUGGCAC